CCAGGCCAGGAGCGCGAGCCUGGUGGAGGGGGAGGAGAAGGGGCGGAGCAGUCGGUGGGCGCGUCUGCUCGGGAAGCGAGCGCGACUGGACUCUUAAGUUCCCCUUUCCUCUGCAGAGGGACCGAUUAGGGAGAGAGACCAGAAAUGAGUGGAAUGCUAUCUUAAGCCAAAAAACUAUUACAAUUUUUAUUUAAUACUACUUAAAUGAAGAAAGAUAAAAAAAGAAACAAAAUUCAAAUUGAUAAUUAUCCCAUUCAGACAUUAGUAAAUAUGUCGCUCAAUCCAAGUCGACCUUCCUCAUCAGAGUUGGUGGAACUUCAUGUUUUUUAUGUCCCUGAAGGAUCAUGGAACUAUAAGCUAAAUACCAUUUCAACAGAAGUUGUUAACAAAUUCAUUUCAGCUGGAUUUCUAAGAGUAUCUCCUCAACUUACUUUACGAGCCCUGAGGGAGCGUCUUGGUGAAUUCCUGGGUGAAGAUGCUAUUGCAGAAAAAUUUUUAUUUCUGAAAUGCAUUGGAAAUAAUUUAGCUGUGGUGAAGGAAAAGCAAGAAUCAGAACUGAAACUCAAAUCAUUUGCUCCUCCAUAUGCUCUUCAACCAGAAUUAUAUUUGCUUCCUAUAAUGGACCAUUUAGGAAAUGUUUAUUCACCAUCAUCAACAGUUAUUCUAGAUGAGCGGCAGACUAAUAAUGGUGCUAAUGAGGCUGAUGGAACAAUCCACAGACCAAUUAGUGUAACUUUAUUCAAGGAGGAACUUGGAAGAGAUCCCAGUUUGUUAGAAAACACUUUGAAAGAGCUUCCUAACAAGAAUCAGGAAGAAGCUGGGGGAAAAGCCACUGCGGAAAAAAGCCAGAUUGCAAAAAAUCAAAUUAGAAAUUCUGAGUUGCCAAGAUCAUUGGAAGAUUCAAAUAAUGAUUGCUUUGGCACCAAAAAAAGUCAGUGUCUUUGGGAAAAUGAAGAUGAUACAGCUAUCAGUAGAAGACAGGACAAUCAGAUAGGUGAAAAAGAGUACAUCACCCUACCAGAUCACCCUUCACUUCAUUGUCAACCUGUUCUUUCUUCAAGAAUAAUUGAUAUCUCUUUAUUACCAACUGAAAGAGAGAAGAUUAUCAAACAAAUGAAACAAGUAAAGGAAGAAAGAAGGUAUCUGGAAAGAAAUAGAGAAGAACUAGCAAAAACAGUUGAAAAGCUAUUUGAACAAAGCAAAUUAAAACGAUAUCAUGCCUAUGACGGUUGGAAGAAAAAAUACUUGGAAACAAAGAAAGUCACAGCAUCAGUGGAGGAGGUUUUAACAAAACUUCGAGAAGAUUUGGAACUCUACUAUAAAAAAUUGCUCAUGCAACUUGAAGCCAGGGAGAUCAAGAUGAGACCAAAGAAUCUGGCAAACAUCACAGACUCCAAGAAUUAUCUGAUAAUCCAGAUCACUGAGGUACAGCAUGCAAUUGACCAACUUAAGAGAAAACUGGAUACUGACAAAAUGAAACUCACAGUAGAAGUUAAGAUGAGAAAACAAGCACUUUCAGAUUUACGAACAUUGAAAACUGAACUGGCACAGAAAAAAAAAAUAAUACAUCUCUACAAUCUCAAUUAGAGUGCCUCGGCAGAGGCACAGCAGGGGAAUGAAAGGAGCUUGCCUUAGGAGACAGAACUGGUUUGAACACUCGCCUGCCUACGCAGGCACUUACAGGCUGUGAGGCCUGUGAGGAGUUACUCAACUUCUCUGAGCCCGAGCUUCCUCAUCUAUAAAUUGAAGGAUCCGUAAACAGGAAGGCCCUCAUCGAGUGGUCAAAGUUGGUUUCGGCGCCCACGGCACCUCUCCUUAAGGCUCGGUUCUACUCUAACUUCUCUUCGUGCCCUGAGGCCCAGACCUAGAGGAGCAGAAGAAGGCGCUGACCUCGAAAUCUGGAUGGUGGUGAAUCGGACGGCAGAGCUCGGGCUCCGGGCAUGGGCAGUCGGUCCCGGCCGCGAGCGACAGCGCCAUCAGCGCCAGCAGCGCUAGACCCCGGAUGCCGCGCGGCGGGUUAGAGAGGAGGCGCCAAGGUCGAAGCUGCAGUCGGGACAUGGCAGCAGGUCAAUGGGGCCGCAGUGUGUUCCUACCGCCUGGGUGGGCGGGGCCUGCUGCGC